UACACAGGUCUAAAAUCUUACUGAGAACCUGGCAAAAAAUAGAGAAUGAAAACAAAUCGUUAGAACGGGGCUGGCAAAAGUGAAAGCGACAGCUAACUUCACCGAUUUUAUUUCAUAAUAUUUUAUUUAUAUAUAUGUAUAUUAAUUUUUUUAUUUUAUUUUGUUUAAUUUGGCAACUUUUACCAUAAAUCUCAAAACACGACGCCAUUAAAUAAAUAUGCAACUGGCGAGUCACAGAUUACAGUGUAGAAGUGGUAGGGGGAAACAGCACAAAGUGGCAAAGAAGAUAAACCAGAUGUUAAGCAACAUCACUCAUUGCAGCAUGUGAAACUGACAGCUCAUACCAAAUUUGGAGUACAAAUCCAGAAAUACAAAUACUAUAUAAAGAGAAAAACAUCUAUGUCUGUGCGGGAAGAAAUCCUCCAGCAUGUGCAGAGUUGAAGGUAUAAAUGAAAGCGUGGGUGUACAGCACAGCUGUGAGCAGGAUCUGUGACAAGAAGAGCAGCAGCAUUUCCAAAAACAGUUAUAAUGACAUUCAUCCAAAUCUUCAAAAGAGAACACAUACUCCAGCUUGAUCUACUUCCGCACUUCUGUACUGUCAAAUUCCAGCCAGGGCAGCAUGAGGCUCAUCACUGCCCCCCAUGUGGAAAACAACACCAGCACUGAACAGCUGAAUGAGAAAGAUCGCCGUCAUGGCAGAACUGUCAAUCCUCUGAUAAUGCAGCAGAAUUCGAGUGUAGAUGAGACCUGGGCAGAUAAAGUGGUUAGAGGACUAUGGAUGGGCUGGGCAACUUCUGACAUGCUGAGCUUACAGCUUCAGAAAGCCAAGGAGGAAUAUACUGCUAUCAAUCUGUACAAGGUGAAUUACACAGGAGAGCUGAAACAGCAGAGGGACAAGAAGAAGCUCCUGUGCGAGCUGAAGCAGCAGGAAGCCCUCCGGACUCUGAAUGGGUCUGAGGAACCCUUUGCAAGUCUAGGAUGGCAGAAACUGGUACCCCACCAACCUCUGGAGCAGGCAAUGAGUGGCCCCUACAGGACAUGUGCUGUGGUUUGCUCGGCUGGUGCCAUUCUCAACUCAUCACUGGGUCAUGAGAUUGAUUCUCAUGACGCAGUGCUUCGAUUCAAUGCUGCUCCAACUGAGGGCUAUGAGAAUGAUGUGGGCAACAAGACCACCAUCCGCAUCAUCAACUCUCAGAUUAUGGCUGGUCCACAGCAUAGGUUUAAUGACAGUCAUCUCUAUAAAAAUGUUACACUUGUGGCAUGGGAUCCUAGUCCAUAUUCUGGCAACCUUGAAAAGUGGUACAAGAGCCCAGAUCAUGACCUGUUCACAGCAUAUAUUGAACAAAGGAAGAGAUCUCCAUCACAGCCCUUCUACAUCCUGCACCCAGACUUCCUCUGGAACCUGUGGGACAUUCUUCAGGGCAACACAGAAGAGAACGUCCAUCCCAAUCCACCCUCGUCAGGGUUCAUAGGUAUCAUUCUGAUGAUGAACAUUUGUGAGACUGUUGAUAUCUAUGAGUUCAUCCCAUCUAAAAGACACACAACUCUGUGCCACUACUAUGCGCAGUACCAUGACAUGGCCUGCACACUGGGAGCGUAUCACCCACUGCUUUAUGAGAAGCUUCUCAUCAGAAGAAUGACCACUGCCUCUUUGGACGAACUUAUGACAAAGGGAAAGGCCACUCUCCCAGGGUUUAGUCAGAUCACCUGCUAAGGGCAGCAAGUGUAAUAAAGAUGCGGCAUAAACUCAGAGCUCAUUAAAAACCAAAUCAACAGAAAUAACCAGAUUAAAAUAUACGUGAUAAAUCAGAGGCUAUUACACUUCUUUACUACUGUAGGGAAACUGGCAGGGUGGAAAGUAAAUGACUAGUUUUUUAUUUACUAUACUAUACUAUACAUAGUAUUUUGUUACUAUACUUAUAGAUUAAAUACACACUAUUUCAAGUGUAUAUUUUUCAGGUGAAUACCUGUGACAUCACAAAAGUCUCUUCUUAGCUAGUCAGUGACUGUACGCUAUGUACAGUGUGUUCAGUGUAGAAUCUAUUCAUUUCUAUUGAGAAACCAAUAUCCAUUUCAUCAGUGAAAAAUGUAAAAUGUGCCAGUUAAGGCUCUGGGUCGUUGACCGGAAGAUCAGGGGUUCAAGCCCCAGCACCCCCAAGUUGCCACUGUUGGGCCCUUGAGCAAGGCCCUUAACCCUCUCUGCUCCAGGGGCGCCGUAUCAUGGCUGACCCCGCGCUCUGACCCCAACCUCCAAGGAUGGGAUAUGCGAAGAAAGAAUUUCACUGUGCUGUAAUGUAUAUGUGACAAAUAAAGGCUGUUUCAUUUCAGUAUGGUUAAUGUUAUAGCUCUCUGUGUAUCUGAAUAUGCAUAAACCACCGAACUGAAGUUUGCAACCAAAGUGCCUCUGAAAAAAUGUUACAAUGUGUUGCGGAAAAACAAAGAUUUGAACUUUUAUGGAGACUGGAAACUAGGAUAACUUUCCAGAUAUUGGACAAUUGUAAUGGGGAACUGGUAUCAGAAAAUGUCUGCUACUUCAUGCUUUGUAAACACACAAAAUAAAGCAAGCCAAACUGACCUAGAGAACAGCACUUACAGUACUUAAACAAAGUUAGAAUAGAGAGAGACACUGGCACCUAAGGGACAAAAAUUUACACUAAAGCCUGUCAUAUUUUUAUCAUCAUAAGGGGUAAACCAAUACAUGCAACUCUUCAUGUUAUUUAUAACGAGAUUGCAUGUUUGUUUGUAUAUAAAGUAUUCUUUCAAGGUACCUGUUACUCAGGACUGUAAAUUUUAACCACUACUGGCAUUUAAAUACGAGAAAAAACUAAAUAUAUAUUCUUUAAAUUAUAUAUAUAUAUAUAUUCUUUCAUUCAUUUUAGAUUUAAUUUCAUUUACCUUCUAUUUUUAGAACACAUGCCUUAAAGUUCAACUAAUGUCUAAUUCAUGGUGUCAAAACCAUUUGGUGAUAUAUUGUAAAGGUU